AACCCGAGUCUCAAGUCUCAACACACGGUAAACAUCCACCAGUCCAAACCCUAGCUACAUACACGCACGCACGCACAUCAGUACCGCGCCGCCGCCGCCGCCGCCGUCGCCGUCCACCUCCACUCGCCCAGCAACCAACGCCGCUGCACUGACCCUCUGGCGUUCCGCACGAAUGGAUCCCGCCGUCAUCUUAGGAUUCGGCAUGCAUGGACAAGAUCGGCAAGCGCAUGCCGGAGCUGCUGGCGGACCCGCAGGUCUCGGCGACCCAAGCGCUGGCCGUCAUGUGGAAGGAGAUCGGGGACUACGAGGCCGCCUGCGAGGCGCAGUUCCGUGCAAGGUACGAGGACGUUGAGGACGACUAUGACGAGUACUCCGACGAUGAUGAUGAUGACUCCGAGGAGAAUGAGGAGACGGAGGCUGGCGGUGGGGAGGCGGGGGAUUGGCGGCGGCGGCCGGGUGGCGACGAGAAGGAGAAGAACCGGCGGGUGGAGGAGGAGGCGCCAAGGAUUCUUCUCUGUAGGUCGUGAUAGACGACAUGCAGACAGAGUAAUGCAAAUUGCAAGCAGCAGACUAUUUCGAUGUUUUGGCACUGGAUUCUUUUACUAGCUCCGCCCCCAGCAUGGUGUCUGGGUUUCCAGCAACGCGCGCCCUUGCAGCGCUUGCCCUCGUUGUGCUUAGCGGCCAGGUAUGGCAGGGAGAGAAUGGGCCAUGGAGGCCGGCCGCCGGAGAGAGAUCGGAGAGGCGCGGCGCGGCAAGGCGGAGCUUGCGAUGUGCGCGCGGAGAGAGCGAGAGAGAUGUUUUUGGCGGGCAAAGCUAUCCACCACCACCAGAGUCUGUGGACGAAUGGAUAAGGUUGGUCAGUGGGUCGUGGCGGGCGUGCGUGGCCAGCAGCAAAAGGGAGCGCCCGUGUGCGACCCACCCGACCGAUCCCGCGCGCACGUAGCCGCCCGCCGAUUCCCACCUCCUUCCUCGCGGAUAAGGCUCCGUCCCUCCGUGCGCCGCCGCCUGACAACCCG